UGGACUGCUGGUCGCCCGGCGGGGCGCGGCGUGGGGGGCUGAGGCGCAGCGCGCGGUGGGCGUGAGGGGCCAUGCCGCGGGGUCGGCGCCGGGAUGGUGAACCUGGCGGCCAUGGUGUGGCGCCGGCUGCUGCGGAAGCGGUGGGUGCUCGCGCUGGUCUUCGGGCUCUCGCUCGUCUACUUCCUCGGCAGCACCUUCAAGCAGGAGGAGCGGGCUGUGAGAGACCGGAGUCUCCUCCAGGUUCAAGACCACGAGCAGCCCAUUCCAUGGAAGGUGCAGUUUAACCUGGGGAACAGCAGCCGGCCGAGCAAUCAGUGCCGUAACUCCAUUCAAGGCAAGCACCUCAUCACGGAUGAGCUGGGCUAUGUCUGUGAGAGGAAGAACCUGCUGGCCAAUGGCUGUUGCGACACCAGUGUCCCCAGCACGAAGCAGUUCUGCUGUGAUGGCUGCCUGGCCAGCGGCUGCUGUGGAGCCUACGAGCACUGUGUCUCGUGCUGCCUGCAGCCCAGCAAGCAACUUCUCCUGGAGCGCUUCCUCAACCGGGCUGCAGUGGCCUUCCAGAACCUGUUCAUGGCAGUGGAAGACCACUUCGAAUUGUGCUUGGCUAAGUGCAGGACCUCGUCCCAGAGCGUGCAGCAUGAGAACACGUACCGGGACCCCAUAGCGAAGUACUGCUACGGAGAGAGCCCACCCGAGCUCUUCCCCGCCUGAUGGGCUGGCUGUGUGCACAUGGAGUCUGCAGAACUCAGGCCUGGAGCCAGACUUCCCAGCCCAGGCUGGGCCACUGCCCGAGGACAUAGUGGACGGUAUUGGGAGGGCCACAUCCUGUGGCCUCCUGUGGCGGUGCUUAGCACCUCGCUAGGCCACAUGUUGGAGCUCUUCUGUGAAGCCGAGGGAGCCUGCAGCAGUGCCCAUCAGGGAAGGAGCGCAACUGCCCUGGGGUCCUGCUGCCCUUGGCACCUGCAGGGGCCUGUGACCAUCACCGGGGGCCGGCUCCAUUGGGCCAUCACUGUACAAUUAUUUAUUGGACUUCUUUGGAGUCAUGGAGGAAAUACAGUGUUUGUGUAGGAAAUGCCUUGCUGUUCUAGCUCAGUGUAUGCAGAGGUUGUGUCACCACUUUUCUUGUGUUGUGUUGUUGCAAGAGUGAAGUGCCCCCCACCCUAUGAAAGGCUUACUCCCAAGAGUGUGGGUCUUCUCUUGUGGUAGUUAUUUUUGGUGGUGUUUUCACAUUUUGAGUCAGCCUUGAGCACAAUCUCAUAACCAUGUCUCAUCACCUACAUCUAUCCACACCUUAGGGUGCUGGUCAUUUGGAAUCCUGGUGGAAUGACCAGCAGUCCUCCCACUUCUGAAGCCUGGAGUGCUUUGCUUGGGGUUAGGCUAGGCUUAUGGACUUGGAGGGGGACACAUCUCCAGGGUCCCCACCUUCCUGGGCCACCCCAGUGCAUGUAGCCUGUCCCCCUGGUCCUGCCAUGGUCCAUAUGGGACAUCCAGCUCCUGCUUAUACACUCAUUCUUUGUGCUGCUCGCCUCCCGGGGCAGUACUGUGGAAGGCUUGUAAAGGCCUUGUCUCUCUUGCGUGGAAGAGGUGUAUGGCCUCCAGGGUCCCCACUGCGGGAUAACGAGGAAAUCCAGACAAGGGUUCAUCUGUGACUCAGGCCACAGCCCAGGUCCACUAGCAGCCCUAGGAGAAGCGGGUAGAUUUCAGUGUCACACCAGAUGCGGGACAGGGUGCACACCUAGCCACAGCAGUUUCAUUUGGCCAUGGUGUAUGGAUUUUUGUACUUGCUUCAGGCACGGGCACCAUUUGGGGAAUUGACCACACUAGCAAGCUACCUCUAGCACUUGGCCUGGCCUCCCUGGCCUGCCUACUUGCCUGCCCACGUUGGCCUCCCACUUCCUGGAUGGUGUCCAGAAUCAAGGGCCUUUCAUUGUGUUGUGUGACCGUUCUGGCAGUUUAGGAAAAGGUUCUGGAACGACUGGAAAUCCCUUUGGGUGCAUAAGGUGUAGAAUGUUGGAAAGAUGACUCCAAUGGUCAUCUCAAACAUCACCUCCAUUUGUGUCAUGCUGUGCUGUGGUGGGAGCUGUAAGCAUGCAGAGCAGAGGAGGGGCCUGAGACGGGUGUGAAGAAGGCGGGCUGACCUCAAACCACACCUAGGCCACUUCCCCUUCCCCUGUGACUUUUUCUAGACAGCAGCUGUGUGCAUAUGUGAUGUUUCAGUCUCCACACAGUGGCACUAUCAUCUACUACCAUCAUGGAACACUCUAGGCCAUUGUUUCCUGAGCUUGUGGUUUUUCUACAAGCAACACAUGACUGUGUGUGUGUGUGUGUGUGUGUGUGUGUGUGUGUGUGUGUGUGAGAUGUGUCAGGCUUCCCUGGCUUGUGGUUUUUCUACA